AUGCAACCUCAAUCUAACCGAAACUCCCAGUGGAAUGGGGCCCUUACUUUCCGUGCAAAGCUAAUGGAAGCUAGGGAGAGCGACUACGUACCUCCCAGGCGUGGGUUUGACGGGUAUCAACGCGGCGCAGACCACCACGAGGUGUCGACGCUGAUAGUUAGUGCUAGUGCAAGACUUCGUCGAAAUCAGGUCUCAGCUGCCCUCAGCCGUGGAAUGUCGCAGUUUGUCAACGCCUCCAGACCGGCCACUAAAUCACUUUCGGCCUACACAGUCAUUUGUUAG